GGCAGCGGGCCCGCGCCACCGGCCACCUACGGGGGAGAGGAGGGGGCGGCCGGCACGCGGCGCACGCGCGACACCGCAGCGGCUCUGCGCAUGUGCGGUGGGGAAGGAGCUGGCGGGGAAAGCGCAUGCGCCGCGCGCCGUCGAGGCGCCCCCCCCCCCCCCCCGAGAACUACAACUCCCGGCGUGGCCCGCGCGGCGGACUACGGCUCCCGGGCGGCGGCGGGGCGGGGCGCUCCACGCUGCCGGGCGGGCGGUCAGUCAGUCGGCGGUGGGAUGUCGCGGGGGCGGGAGCGUGUGGUGGCCCUGGUGGACAUGGACUGCUUCUUCAUGCAGGUGGAGCAGCGCCUCGACCCGCAGCUGCGCGGCCGCCCCUGCGCCGUGGUGCAGUACACCGAGUGGCAGGGCGGCGGGAUCAUCGCGGUGAGUUACGAGGCGCGCGCCUUCGGCGUGUCCCGCGGGAUGUGGGCGACGGAGGCGCGGGCGCUGUGCCCCGAGCUGGCGCUGGCGCGGGUGCCCCAGGCGCGGGGCAAGGCCGACCUCACCCGGUACCGGGACGCCAGCGCGGAGGUGAUGCAGGUGCUGUCGCGCUUCGCCGCUAUCGAGCGGGCCAGCAUCGACGAGGCGUACCUGGACCUGACGGGCAGCGCGCGGGAGCGGCUGCGAGCCCUGCGGGGGCGCCCCCUGGCGGCCGCGCUGCUGCCCACCACCUUUGUGCAGGGGCUGCCCGACGACCCCGGCCCCCAGCCCGGCGCGAAGGAGGUAGAGGGCGGGCUGCUUUAUCUCCCCCGAAGCAAGAGGUUGGGAAAUGGGAUCUAUGUCUUCCCCAAAGAAUGGCUUUUAAGGUGCCCGCUUCUCGUCCUUGCUGUUGACGCGCAGUUACAGAAGCGUGUGUCUGCUGGCUGGGGCUGGCCAAUGCUACCGGGCCCUUUGCUGGGCUCAGCAAGAAAUGCCCGCGUUGAUCCCCUUUGCAUCCUUUUUCUAGAGGAGCUACGGCAGCGUGGCUUGCACGAGUGGCUGGCGUCGUUGUCUUUCGAUAACCCUGAUUGUCCUGAUCUGCAGCUGACCAUGGGUGCAGUAAUUGUGGAAGAAAUGAGGGUGGCUGUAGAAGCAGCCACUGGAUUCAAGUGUUCAGCUGGGAUUUCGCACAACAAGACACUGGCAAAACUGGCCUGUGGGUUAAACAAGCCCAACCGCCAGACGCUAGUAUCUUCGCGAUUUGUCCCACAGCUCUUCAGCCAACUGCCUGUCAGCAGUAUCCGUAACCUGGGAGGCAAACUUGGCACUGCCAUCACAGACAUCCUGGGAGUAGAGAACAUCGGGCAGCUGACACAGUUCAGUGAGACUGAGCUCCAGACUCACUUUGGAGACAAAACUGGGUCCUGGCUCUAUGACUUAUGCAGAGGAAUUGAAGACGAACCUGUCAAAAACCGGUACCUGCCCCAGUCCAUUGGCUGCAGCAAGAACUUCCCUGGGAAGACAGCCCUGGCCACACAGAAGGAGGUGCAACACUGGCUCCUGCAGCUGGCCUUGGAGCUGGAAUCUAGACUGACCAAGGACAGGAGCCAGAACCACCGAGUGGCCAAGCAGCUGAUGGUGGUCAUCCGCAUGCAGGGAGACACCCGGGUGUCACGCUUUUGCGCGCUGUCCCGCUAUGAUGCCCAGAAAAUGUGCAACGAUGCCUUUGCCCUCAUCCAAAACUGCAACAUGGCUGGGGCUCACCAGGCGGCCUGGUCUCCACCGCUCAUAUCGGUGCUUCUCUCGGCAAGCAAGUUCUCAGAGCCUGCUACAGGCUCUGCAGGCAUUGCCACCUUCCUGACGAGUGAUACCCAGCCUGAUGGCACUACCACUCCUAGCCAAAACAUGUCUUCUAGGAGGCCCAGGGUCAAGUUCUUUAGGAGCCCAAGCAAAGAGUUUAGGCAGAAGCUAGCUAAUCCUAUUGAGUCGUUCUUCCAAAAGGUGGCAGAAAGGCAGCAGUCACAGAUGGUGGCAGCAACCAGCCUGCCUGCUGCUACCAUUGCUGAGUCACCUGUGCCCAGCUCUGCAAAGGACCAAGAGAGAGAUGGCAUUGGACUUGCCUCGGUGCAGUGUGACCUGGAGUCUCCUGUGAAACAGAGUCCCAGAGAUGGGAGCCCUACUUCUCCUUACAAGAUGCUUCCCUGUGAGAAGUCGCUGUCUGAUGCUAUACAAACACCCUCGACUCCACCCAGCUCCAGGACCCUUCUGAAAUUAGAGCCAGCUAUAGAGGGAAAUGAGCAGAAUUUGCCACGCUCUCCUGAGCUCACCCCACUCCCUCCUGCCUCGCCGGGGGACCACCAGUGCUGUGAGAAGUGCGGCCAGCUUGUGCUGGUGUGGGAGUUCCCAGAGCACAUGGACUAUCACUUUGCUCUGGAGCUGCAAAGCUCCUUCCUGGAGCCCAGCGCUCCCAUGGCUCCAGCAGGAGCUCCCAGCCCAAAGGCUGCAGCUUCCAGGUCUCCUGCCAAGGCAAAGAACAAGCCCAAGACUCCAGCAGGAUCUAGUGCAAAACGACCCAGAGGAGGUGCGACAAGAACUUUAGAUUUUUUCUUUAAGCGCUUACCUCCUUAACUCUAAGCCAUGCUGGGAGUUUUUAGAGAAUCAGUGUUUUUAAAAAAUUAGUGUUUUUAAAUACAGUUAAAAGUUUUUAUACUGCCUGUCAGGUUUUAAUGCAGAAAAGUCUAAUAAAUUAUCUCUACCCCAA